UGAGCUUUGACAGUCGCCUGCUGCAGCUGCAGCAGCAGCAGCAGCAGCCCCAAAUGCUGAAUUUUCUGCCAGUCAAUUUCUUCCAGAGGCUUGGAAUCUUACGGGAUUCACUCACCCCUUGCCAACAGACCGGUGGCAACUACUGAGAAGGGACUCCAGGAGCUGCUGUGGGGUGAAACUGCGUGGAAAGUUAGUGCCAAGGAAAGGUGGUGCUUCAGAGGGAUGGGGUUGCACCCAGAAUCGCUGAAGAUUUCGUGGGGAGUCCUCGUCCUGCUCUGCCUACUGCAGGAAGAGGCUGUGGGUUCAGCAAAGGAGCAACACCAAGCAGGUUGGACCAAGGAACAUGCAUCAGUGGUAGGGGCAGAACCUCAAUCCUGGAAGCGAAAUGCACGAGAAACCUCACUAGAAGACAAAGGGACCCGGAUUAGCCAGGACCUCAUUGGAAAAAGCUUGGCUAUUGAUACUUUGACAGAUAAUGAAACACAGAUUGUGGGAAGGGGGCCCACUGAAAACCUCUUGCCUAAGGGGCCCCCCAGAGCUUGGAACCAGCAUAGACCCAAGUCUGUAGAGAGAGUCAUCCUGUCAUUUGACUUCCCUUUCUAUGGGCAUCACCUGCGGCAGGUCACCAUAGCAACAGGAGGUUUUCUCUUCAUGGGUGACAUAAUUCAUCGGAUGCUGACAGCCACGCAAUACAUCGCUCCUCUCAUGGCGAACUUCAACCCCAGCUAUUCUCGCAAUUCUACUGUCAAAUACUUCGACAACGGAACAGUCUUUGUGGUUCAGUGGGACCAAGUGUAUCUGGAAGGGAAAGAAGACAGAGGCUGCUUCAUCUUCCAGACAGCUUUGCACAGUGAUGGCAGAAUUGUCUUUGGCUACAAAGAUAUCCCCAUGUCAGUCUUGGAAAUUAGCUCAACACAACAUCCAGUCAAAGCCGGCCUCUCAGAUGCUUUCAUGAUCCUUAACUCCUCCCCUGGUAUACCUGAAUCUCACCGUCGGACCAUCUACGAAUACCACCGAGUGGAAUUGGACACAAGCAAGAUCACAAGUGCAUCAGCAGUGGAGUUUGUGCCUCUGCCCACUUGCCUUCAGCAUCAUAGCUGUGAAGUCUGCAUGGCUUCUGAUGUAACCUUCAACUGCAGUUGGUGUCAUGUCCUACAGAGGUGUUCCAAUGGAUUUGACCGAUACCGUGAAGAGUGGCUGGAAUAUGGCUGUGGGCAGGAGGCAGCAGACAAGACCUGUGCAGACUAUGAAGACGAUGAGCAUUACUUCUCGACAUUCCCUAGCAGCAGUCUCUCCACAGCUCUGAGGGAGGAAGUCACCACUUCUGCUUCCCGCUUUGUUGACAGCCUGACCACAGAAGAUGACACAAAGCUGAACCAGAAUGCGGAAGGGGAAGGUUCUAGAGAUGAAUUCCCAACAAAGAAAGUGGGAUCCCAGCUGCACACGGGAACAAUUGUUGGUAUAGUCUUGGCCAUCCUACUCAUCGCUGCCAUUAUCCUUGCUGGCAUCUACAUCAGCAGCAAGCCUACCUCUAGUGCUGCAUUGUUCUUCAUUGAGCGGAGACCACACCAAUGGCCUGCUAUGAAGUUCAGAAACCAUGCAACAUAUACUGAAGUGGAACCAGCUGGGCACGAGAAGGAAGGAUUUGUUGAAGCAGAUCAGUGCUGAGAAAUGCUCCUGUAUUCUUGCUUCUACACCUUUAAGCAUCAAGUGUCUCCCAUCUCCUGUUUAUUUCAUGAUAAAUACAAUUGAAGAAACAGUAAAGGGGGAAAGGGAAAAGGAAACACAAUUAAAAAGGAAGUUCCCAAAGGUAAUAAAAAUGGAUACCAGAUGUGGAUCUAAAAACAUGGAGAAGGCAUGCAAAGCUGGCAUAUGGCUACUAGAUGGAUCAACAAGAAAUUCUACCAUGAGAUACUAUAACUAGAUGGUACAGGUAACCACUGUUGCCACUGUACAUUGUGGGGAGCACUAGAUACAAUCUUUGAAAGCCCUGAUACGAUCUUGCCACCAGCCCAGCACUCUCCUACAGGAAAAUCUACAUCUUAAUACAGAGGCUAAUUGAAGUUCUGUUUUCCAGAGAGGUAGCCAUAUUAGUCUGUUAAUCAACUAAAAUCAACAACAGAGAGAGUCUUGUGAUACUUUGAAGACUAACCAAUGUAUUCUAGCAUAAGCAUUCAUGGAUGCUCAGACGCUAUGAGA